AUGUCUAAAAAAUUUGUAUUUUCCUCAACUGAGGAUGAAAUUUUAAUUGAAUUUGUGCAACAAAACCGUGAAAUUUUUGAUAGUGCUCACCCUAAGCACAAAGAUUUACAUCACAAAGAAACUAUCUGGAAAACUAUUUUAGAAAAAGUCGGUAGAACAGAAGAAGACUACAAAAAAAGGUGGAGGAAUAUUAGGGAUAUGUAUAUGAAACAGAAAAAAAAAUUGUCAACUGGUUCAGCUACAUCUGAAAAAGUCAAUAGAACACUGUCACAUUUCUCAUUUAUGGAUUCUGUGGAAUACGAAAUUCAACUUACUGAUAAUUCUUUUUCCGCAACUGAAGACGGAGGUGAUGGUGAAGCUCUAUUUGACAUAGAAAAUGACGAAGACACAUCAUUAGAAUCCGCAAAAAUAUCUAACGAUUUACCAUCAUCAUACAGAAAAAAACGGAUAAUGUCCAGAGAGGAUAAAAUUAGCCAAAUCUUAGCAAAAAGAUCGAAAGAGAGGGAUGUUAUACUGUCUAAAAUCGAAGCACAAAAUGAAAUUUUUGUCUCCGGUAUCAGCAAUCAGCAAGAGGAUAGUGUGGAUCUGUUUUUCAAAAAGGACAAAUAUUGCAACAUUCAAGAACAACCUCAAGUACACCAAUCUCAAUAUUAUGAUUAUAAUCUUCCACUACAACAGAGGUUCAUGGCGCCAAGUUCUUCCCCAACUACUUCAUCAUCAUCGCACGGAUUUAUGCAAUAUAAUUACGAAGAAGAUAAUACAAAUUAA